AGACAGUGGCAUAAUGAGGCGGCGCUACAGGAAAAUAGAUAGUAAUAACCGUAAUAAUACUUAUAAAUCAUAUAAAUCAUUUCUCUGCAAUUGUCUUACAGAGAUAUAACAAAAAAUUGCAAAGCUGCAAAGACAUUCAACAGAAUCUUUGGCAGACAGGAUACUGAGUGUCGUUUUAUUAGAGAACUAUAGAUAGUCUGACAUAAAAUGAGCAACUUUCGCCAGUUUCGUAGCUAGUUCGGAACAAAAUUUAAGGAAAUUUAGCAGCUCUGAGUCACAUCCAUAGAUAAAACUGCCGUUCACCGCCUACGCAGAGACGGUGUACUGGAAUAAGUUCUCCCUGUAGUCUUUGGAAAGGGCUGGGUGGUUCAAAAUAUGUGUUAGAUAGGUUAAUUACUUCAGCGUUAGAUAACUUGUUACAAGUAGUGAAACUCGUUUACUAUUUUCUACAGAAAGUGAUGUGUAUCAACGGUUGGGAACUCCUUCUGCUGUUGAAAACAAAGUUGUGCGAAGCAUAUCAUGGAAGUGGAAAUAUUCACAACUGCAGCUGGUGGCAGUUUUACUGUUAUUCGUUGAGAAAACGAAACAAGGAUGAGGCGAAACAGAAGGAAGCCGGCGCCUGCUGUCCCCAGGAUGACGUCCAAGCCAAGCAAGAGGAGCGGCCGCCUCUCAGACCACAGCUGGUGGCGGCGCUGCUGGCGUGCUGGGUUGCGCUGGCGUCGGGCGCGAGCCUGGGCUACGUGACGCCGGCGCUGCCGUCGCUGCAGGCGGCGGGCUCCGGGCUCCAGGUGAGCGACGAGCAGGGCUCGUGGGUGGCGAGCCUGGCGAUGCUGGGCGCGCUGGCGGGCGGCGCGCUGGCCGGGCCGUGCAUCGCCGUGGGCCGCCGCGCCGCGCUCUGGGCCGCCGCCGCGCCGCUCGCGCUCGCCUGGCUGCUCGUCGUCGCCGCCACCGCCGUCUCACACCUGUACGCCGCGCACGUCAUUAUGGGCGUCUGCCUCGGCGUCAUCACCGACGCCGCGCAGGUGUACGUGAGCGAGGCGGCGAGCGCGGAGCGGCGCGGGGCGCUGGGCUGCGUGCCGGUGCUGAUGUUCAACGUGGGCAUCCUGGCCAGCUACCUGGCGGGCGCGUUCCUGGGCUGGCAGCUGCUGGCGGCGUUCGGCGCCGCGCUCACGGCGCCCGCGCUGCUGCUGCCGCUGCUCUUCCCGGAGUCCCCCGGCUUCCUGGUGGCCAAGGGCCGCCUCGACGAGGCCGCGGCCGCCCUGCGCGCGCUGCGCGGGCCCGUCUGGGACAUCCAGCAGGAGCUGCAGGAGCUGGAGCACUGCGAGCGCGCGCCGCCGCUGUGCGCGCGCCUGCGCAGCCUGUGCUGCCGCGAGCGCGGCAAGAAGCACCAGGGCUCGCUGCUGCGGCCGCUGCUGCUGGUGGCCGCGGUGCGCGCGCUCAGCCGCUUCUGCGGGCUGCGCGCCAUCCUCUGCUACACGCAGACCAUCCUCGUCGGCUCCAACUCCAGCAUCGACGUGCCGCUCUCCGUCGUCGCCACAGGCGCCGUCCAACUCGUCGCCACGCUCGUCGCCUGUCUCCUGCUCGACAGGGUCGGCCGCCGUCCGCUGCUCAUCGUCUCUCAGGCGGUGAUGGGGUGCGCGCUGGUGGGCCUGGGGUGCUACCUGUUCUACCGCGACGACGUGGACAACGCGCGCAACACGCUGCUGGGCUGGCUGCCCAUGGCGGCCAUCCUGGUGUACAUCGUUGCCAACUCGAUGGGCCUGGGCCCCGUGUCGGGGCUGGCGCUGGGAGAGCUGGCACCGCAGCGCCACCGCAGCGUCGUCAGCUCGUUCACCGGCGCCCUGUCCUGGCUGUCCGCCUUCGUCAUCACCAAGACCUUCCUGGACCUGCGCUCCUGCCUGCACCUGCACGGCGCCGUCUGGGCCUACGGCGCUGUCUGCUUCGUCGGCGUCGUCUUCGUCUGGCUCUUCGUCCCCGAGACGCGGGCCAUCACACCCUACGAGAUAGAGACGCUCUUCCGCUCCAAGGACGACUCCGACUCUUCUGUGGAGAGCGACAGCAGGGGCGUGGCCAACGGCAUCUUCGUCAUCGAGGCCGCCGGGAACCUCCAGACGGUGAUCGUCGAUGGAGACAAGAAGACGUCACUCCACUAGACGUCCAGACUGGAAAUCUGUCGCGAGCACGAUAUUUGAAAGUACUGUCUGUGUGUCGUGUUUGCAUCCGGUGGCAGACAUUCCUGCAACUCCGCUGUUACCAGCUGUCAGUGCGAGAGACAAUCUCUGACGGUUCAAAUGUUCCUAUGUGUUAUUUUAAAAAUUAACGUCCGUUUCUGCCUCAUCAGUGCAAGUUGGUUGACGCUAACAAGGUUGCGACUCAAGUCCACAAUUGGUCAUCAAAGAGGAUAAAAGCUGCUAUUACCUCACUGACAAAGUGUGGAACAUCGUGCAGUGUGUGUAUUCCUUAACUCCACUACACUCCAACAUAAAUGGAGCUACGGACUCCGCUUUAAUGUCCAUUACACUGUACUAACUAAUGAGACUAUGCUAGAAAACAGGUAUUAUACUAUGUUCUGAACUAUGCAAAAUGUUGAAUUUGCAUAUUCAGUGGUCUCAGGCAUACAAAACUUAUUUUAGAUGGAGAUAUUAUAGAAGAACAAUCUUGUUCUGUUGACAUAUAAGCGAUUUAUCAUUAAAAGGCUUGUGGAAGGAACAAAGUCUUCAAGCGAAACUUAAUUUGACGAAGUAUUUCUGAUGAAAUAGGCAGGUUUCUCAUUUCUGUUGCUCCAGCAGACAAUUCUAUGCAGGCGAGGCAUUUAACUUUGUUUUUCAUUUUCGCUGCCUAGUACAAUCAAAAAUUCAACAGCAAAGCAAACUUCAUUUUGUCACAAACAAAUGCAUUGCAUGUGCUUACCAACAGUGUGUAGUCCUCUGUUUGUAUGCGCUGACAUGAAAUACGUAGUUAACAGCCCCACCUGUCAGCUUCUGCAGUAUUCUGCCGUAUUACGGUAGAUGCCCAUUUUCUUUCCCACAAGCGUAAUGUGAGACGUUCCGAUUCUGGCCAGAAGCAGCACAUAAUUGAGAAAUGCCGUUCAAAUAAAAUCUCCGCUAUUGGCGUUCGAAUUCCAAGUGUCUCCAUCGUCACUGACAUCAAACUUGAAACUGUUGCUCAUACACCCCAAGCAGCUUCAAAUGGAGAACCCAUAGCUUCAUGUGGUUCAGGGCUACCUCCGUUUAGAUGGUAUGAGACGACUAGCCGCUGUUUAGAGGUUUCUGUAUUCCUUAUAAAAUGCCAGCUUCCUUUCUCUUCUUUAUAAGUCGCUUGCAUCACAUGCAACUACUAUUCAGUACUCCACAGAAUGGUUACUCUCAUAUUUCAGACAUUCUUCACACUGGUGUGUGAUUAAAAUGAAAGACGUCAAUAGCGAGUUAUGAAUAUGGAAGGAAGAAGUAAUGGUUUCUUAACAUACUUGGCCUUGUGAUAUUUUGUUCACCGAAGGAAGUUUUAUUUAUUACGACCUGCGUAAAUUAUCACAGCAGCAGGAAGACAAGCGAGGGUAUGCUGUGGCAUGUGAGGUAACAACGUCAAUAUGAUCUCCUCCAAGAGCUGCAGCAGGUGGGACACUGAAAACGAUCCUUGCUACGUCUUACAGUGGACUCUGUUUCAGUGUCGGAAAACAGUAGAAGCUGUGAUGUUAGCGGAUUUAAUGUGACGUCACAAAGAGGUGCGCUGGAAGCUCCUUGUGCAAAUAAUAUGUGAUACCGAAACUAUGAACUCAUCUAUAACAUUGCAGAAAUUUUUAAUCAGUUAAGAAUUUAUUCAUUAUUAUACACUGUAUUGUUGUGAUUUCUAUUAAAUAAGUCAAUUAUAUUACAGUAAAAUUUGUUAUAGAAAUUUAUUUUUUUAUUGUAUCACUGUUGCAUCAUUAAUCCACUAGAAAAUCUGUACAUGGAAAUGACUGAUAUUCAGAAGGACCACCGUAAGAUGUCUACUCAGAGGCUAGGAGAAAUAAAUAGUUGAUUUCAGCGUCCAAUUGACGACGAGAUCGACAGAGACAGGCCAUUUACGUCCAGAUUUGUGAAAAUGACAGUUGUCACUGUAUGAAGCCACUCACAGCUUUUAAAUAUACUUCAUUUGUCCAGAAAUAUAGUUUACUAUGCCUCGACUACGUCCUAAACAAAGAUAAUCAAUCCCCUGCUACGAAAUGAGAAUCAGCAGCCAAAGUCACAGGGGCACAUUACAGGCAGCCUGGCCUCUUCUAUUUUCUUAAUAUUUAUAGGAUUUCAAAGUCAAUCCACAAGCAUAAAUUCCCUAAAGCUGCUCGACGCAAUUCUCAAAAAAGAAAAAAAAAAACUAAAAAACGUCGCCUUUGAAAAUUAUGAGAUUUCCGACCGCUGUUGACUACAAAAUAUUUCGAGCUUAUGAACACAAUGAAGAGGUAAUUGAGUGUUUGUAGUUAUCAUAGAGUCCUGGUUAAAAUCUUAAUACUAGCAAUACUUCUGAAACUUUUAUUUACAUUCCAUGGUCUUUAACAAAUGGAAAUAUUAAUUAACAACUAUUGAAACAUUACUUUUUUAAUAAAAAUCUUUCUAUUUUUAAUUACAAAAUAAAAAUGGUGAACAUUCAUGACACAUUACCAUUGGUACAAAAAUACGAAACAUGAAAUGUAAAAUAAAAUAAUUUCUUAUUUGUAGAGAUUGAACAGUGUUACUGAUGUACGUAAAUUUUCAUUUGACAGUAAGGUACUUCGUAUGUCUAUCAAAUUUUAAUCUGCUAUGCGAUUAUUAAUUUUAAGUAGAAAGAUGUUAUUUUAUUUUAAAAUGUAAUUCAAUAUUAGUUAAUUAAUAUUUAAAUUGUUAACAGUUAAGAAAUUUAAGUAAACGUGGAAUAAGU